GUGUGUGUAUAUGUGUGUAUAUCUCGGCCAGAGUGAACAUGGCGGAGCGGAGCGGGAUGUGUUCCAGCGCCAAAGGAAAGUUGCUGUUUUAAGACAAGCCCGCGUCGCUUCAUCCUCUCUGAUCACAGAUGUUUUCGCGGCCACCAGCGCUGUGCAUCUUUAGCUUCAUCAAUGUAUCCAUUGUUCAAUCAGAUGAAUGACCCACCAGAAGAACAUAGAUGAAAAAGAAGCAGACAUCCCAUAGACUGAUCUUUUAACAUCUGGAGCUUGGGGUGCUUUCAUAAAUCUGUUUUCUGUAUCCAGGGGAAAAAAGGAGGAGCGGCAAAGCUGUCGCUAGCUAUGGGUGCCAUGGUCACCUAGACGCAAUGUCUGUGUCUUAGACCAAGACUUGGUUCUUUCUCUUCCUCAAGAUUGUUAGGUGCUCUUCCUAAAAUCCUGGCCCUGCUAGCCAUGGCUGGUGUGAGGAAGUUAACUCGUGCUGUGCGCCAGCAGGGCCUACACCGUCUGGUUUUGGCACUUAUACUCUUCUGCCUGCUGUCCAUGGCCUACCUGGCCUACCAUGUUAGUGGUGGUCCUAAGAUCAAGGAAGCGCCUCCUCUGCCACUGGGGGAAUGUGUGACUGCAGCUCCCAUCACUGUUAGCCAACGAGCUCCUCCUUUCCUGCCCUCUGAGCUGAAUCAUAGAUGGCAGGCAUCAAGGAAGCUAGACACUUCACGCAUUGAACCUGUGGUGCUACUGUUCAUAGAGAGCAUUUACUCACAGCUGGGUCAGGAGAUUGUGGCCAUCUUGGAGUCUAGCCGCUUUAGGUACCAUACUGAAAUUGCCCCGGGAAAAGGUGACAUGCCUGCACUGGCCUGGCGGGGCAAAGGCCGCUAUGCUUUAAUCAUCUAUGAAAAUCUGCUCAAGUAUGUCAACCUGGACUCCUGGAACAGGCAGCUAUUAGAUAAGUACUGCCAGGACUAUGGUGUGGGCAUCAUUGGUUUCUAUCGUGCCAAUGAAAACUCUCCAUCUAGUGCCCAGCUCAGAGGAUUCCCACUUUUCCUGCGUUCCAAUCUUCCACUGUGGGACUAUAGGAUUAACCCGGCUGCUCCACUACUCUACAUCACUCGGCCCAGUGAACUUGAACCUGGCUCACUCCCUGCUGAUAACUGGACAACUUUCCUGUCAAACCACAGCACUUACGAGCCUGUACUGCUGGCCAGCCCCAGGCCUGCUGAGGUAUCCACACAUUCCAUUCUUCAGAGGGUGCUGUUGGCUACUGUAAUACAAGACCUGGGUCUUCAUGAUGGAAUCCAGCGUGUGCUUUUUGGAGCAAGCCUCUCCUUUUGGCUGCAUAAACUGCUGUUUGUGGACGCGGUUGGGUAUUUGACAGGCAGGAGGCUGAGCCUAUCUCUGGAACGAUUCCUGCUUGUAGAUGUGGAUGACAUCUUUGUUGGGAAGGAGGGGACACGCAUGAAGGUGGCUGAUGUGGAGGCGCUGCUUCACACCCAGACUAAACUCCGUGCUCUGGUCCCCAAUUUCACUUUCAACUUGGGCUUUUCCGGAAAAUUUUUCCAUACAGGUACAGAUGAGGAGGAUGAAGGUGACAACACCUUGCUUAGACACAGGCAGGAAUUCUGGUGGUUUCCUCACAUGUGGAGCCACAUGCAGCCACACCUCUUUCAUAAUGUUAGUGUGCUUGCAGAUCAGAUGAGACUUAAUAAACAGUUCGCUCAGGAACAUGGCAUUCCCACUGACAUGGGUUAUGCUGUGGCCCCUCACCACUCAGGUGUUUACCCAGUACACAACCAGCUCUAUCUGGCCUGGAAGAAUGUGUGGGGCAUUUCAGUGACCAGUACAGAGGAGUAUCCACACCUCAGACCUGCCCGCUUCCGCAGAGGCUUCAUUCACAGCGACAUAAAGGUCCUCCCACGGCAGACGUGUGGCCUCUUCACACACACUAUCUUCUAUAAGGAUUACCCAGGAGGCCCUCAAGAACUAGACAAAAGCAUUCGGGGUGGAGAGCUGUUCCUUACUGUGCUUCUCAAUCCGGUCAGCAUUUUCAUGACCCAUCUCUCUAACUAUGGUAAUGAUCGCCUGGGUCUGUACACUUUUGAGUCUCUGGUAAAGUUUGUGCAGUGCUGGACUCGCCUGCGCUUACAGACCCUACCACCCAUACGCCUGGCUGAGAAAUACUUCCACAUCUUUCCUGAUGAAAGAGACCCCCUGUGGCAGAAUCCUUGUCACGAUAAGAGGCAUAAAGACAUCUGGUCAAAAGAGAAGACCUGUGAUAGGCUGCCCAAAUUUCUGGUUAUUGGGCCCCAGAAAACAGGGUCAACUGCUCUACAUGCCUUUCUUUCUCUCCAUCCUGCCAUCACUGCCAGUUCAUUCAGCCCUGCUACGUUUGAGGAGGUGCAGUUCUUUAGUGGAUCAAACUACUUGCGUGGAAUUGAUUGGUACAUGGACUUUUUCCCAGUGCCCUCUAAUGUGAGCACAGACUUUCUAUUUGAGAAGAGUGCUAAUUAUUUUGACACUGAGGCUGUCCCAAAGAGAGCCGCAGCACUGCUGCCCAGAGCCAAAAUCAUAACCAUCCUCAUCAACCCAGCUGAUAGAGCAUACUCCUGGUACCAGCAUCAGAGAGCUCACCAGGAUCCUGUGGCUUUAAACUACACAUUCCAGCAGGUGAUCGCUGCAGGUUCCUCCUCUCCUGCUGCGCUGCUCAAUCUGCAUCGCCGCUGCCUGCAGCCAGGAUACUACAGCAGCCAUUUGGAGCGCUGGCUCCAUUACUACCAGUCCACUCAGCUUUUGAUUGUUGAUGGACUCCAGCUGCGGUCCAAGCCAGUGCAGGUGAUGGACAUCGUACAAAAGUUUCUGGGAGUUACACCUUUUAACUAUACUCAGGCCCUCAUUUUUGAUGAAAGCAAAGGCUUCUGGUGUCAGAGACUGGAUGCAGGCCGAACACGCUGCCUGGGCAAGAGUAAAGGCAGGAAAUACCCCGAUAUGAGCCCAGAGACGAGGGCCUUUCUGUCUGAGCAUUACAGAGAGCAGAACGUGGAGCUGUUACGGCUGUUGAAGCGCUUGGGACAACCACUACCCAGCUGGCUCCAGGAUGAUCUUCACAACGCCAGCUGGAGUUGACACCAAGAAGCAUGAAGAAUAGAAGCCUAUAUCGAUCCCUGCUCCAUGCCAGAGCACACAGUCCCGUGUCACUGCAGGACAGAGAACGUUUGAUUCUCCCCGUGUCCCAACACACACACACACACUGUAGGUCCACCCAGGACAAGCGGACAUCUGCAGCGUGUGUUAGUGCUCAAGCCUGGUUUUAAAGUGAGCUGAGAAUCAGAAUUUGUAGGAGGACUGUACAUGUAUUUAAUUGCCAAAAUAAGAAAAUAUGAGCUAGUUAGUUGCAUUUUGGAUAACUGACACACAAGCUCAUUAUUUGCAUUGUGGGAAAUGUUGUUUCACAAUGUAUCCUUCAGCUAAUCAGUCGAAUGCACAGGGUCUCGGAAACACUCAAGUAGCUAAGUGGAUGUGGAAUUCACAAGCUGGUCGGAGUGAGCGUUUUAAAUUCUGCCAAGCAGAGAAGUAUUUGAGUCUGUGUCACCGAAGAUUUCAGACAUUUGCUGAUGUUUAUAAUUGUCUCGAUUUGUAAAUGACAGAAUCUGGAUGUUUCACAACCAGCUUCAUACCACUGAACUAAAAACAUUCCAAGGUCAGAGUACAUGGCCAUUGCACUUAAUAUUUUUUUUUUUUAUAUUGGAUUUUUAAAAAGAAAUGAAGCAGGAAUGUUUCAACUACAAACAGUGGAGUUUUAGGAUCAGUGAUUGACUAGCAUGUUUCCCAGACUGGCAGGUCACAUGAAUGUGUGAAGAACGUGGAACCCCUGCUGAUGACUAGAUAUGGUUUUGUUCCAGUGUUUAAUGUAAUGAGGUCAGAAGUGUUUCCGACAUGACUUGCCACCUCUACCCGUGCCAAACUAAACUGCUGGACUCAAAUGAGGUAAACUUUGCCAAAAAACAGAUGUGUUGUGUGACUGAGAGACUUGUGGGAGUUGGGGUGUGUGUGUGUGUGUGUGUGUGUGUGUGUGUGUGUGUGUGUGUGUGUGUGUGUGUGAUUGUGUUUGUGAAUAUAAGUGAACAUUUGUUGUGGUGGUUGUACUCUACAUCAAUACGAGUAUAUUCUGUUGUCUCUUUGGUCCACUUGAAAUCAGGUAAAAAAAAAAAAUUAAAAAAAGAACAAAAUGCACAUCUGCAAAUAAACGCACACGACAAAGGCA